UUCUAGGAGUGUUAAUACAGUAGCGUUGUCAUGCACAGUCCUCUAGAAAGAGCGAGUAAAAGAGUGUAGGAGAUGAAGAGUAGGAUAAAACGUUGUUGGGGGUAAACGAUCCGUUCUGGUGGCAUGUAACACUAGUGUGUCCUAUCAAGAAGAUGUAAAAUAAAUACUAUAUUUAAUACCACUAUAUUACACAAUCAGUUGUUUUAAUCCGUUCCUGGAUUUUUGGACUUCAUGUGUAUUAUUUUAAAGAAAUUGCUAACAGUUUAAAGACUGAGAAGAGAUAUGGACAAGAUCCUGGAGACAGUUUUGAUGUCACCACAUUCCAGAUUGGUGAAGCAGGGUGUUUUGAGGAGGGUGGUUGAGUCAGCCUCACAGCCCCUGGACAGCUCUCAGUGUAUGGCCAUUUUCCAGGUGUCCACUAAGCUCUUCCUGACUGGAAACUCUCAGUUCAAGCAGGAUGCCGGCUUGGAAGUCCUUGAGGCCUAUGCGCAGCACCACAAACUGGAGUUUGAGGAGUUCUUCAAUGUGAGAUUUGUCUUGAACCUCCUACGGGAAGGUUAUGGACCAGUAGGGAAGCAGAGCCCUCUGAUAUUCCACUACCUUCAAGUGGGACUGUUUCUUGUGGCAAAUUCUCCUUCAACUCUGAACUUGUUCCACAUGGUACAGAUUGAGAUUCUGCGUAUUGUGUGUGAGAGGCCCGGUCCAGAAGUGUGUGAGCAGCUAGCGCGCCUGCUGAACACCUGCCCUCAGUGUGCGCCCAGUGGAAACUUACAGACUGUCUUCUGUCAGCAACUUAUGCAGACCAUUCAUCACUUCCAGUGCCAGAGCCAGAACGAUGAUGACAUUGUUACCUUCCUAGAACGUGUCACCAAGACGAGUAGCAUGCUGCAGAUAGUCUGGAGGACCAACAUGGCCACUAUUCUGCCCUCCCUCAAGGAGCUCUUCGUUAUAAUCUCUACACCUAGAGAAGAAGAGGAUACUGUUACCUCAAACACCCUGGCCAGUGUGGUGCAAUACAUACCAUUGGAACUAAUGGAAGGAACAGUACGCAAUCUCACCAAUGAUAAGAACAUCUCUGAUGUCCAGAUGAUGACAGCCAUCUGCAGAAUGAUGGACUGGUUGUCAUGGCCAUUCUCCAGAAACAUAGACAAGUGGAUUAUCGCUUUGAUGAAAGGAGUUGCAUCAGUGAAAAAGUGUGUGAUCUUGGUUGAGGUGACACUAGCUAAGAUUGAGGAGGUAUUCCAGAGGUUAUCUUACCCUAUUGUGCGAGAGGCGGCGCUGUCCGUGUUGUCUUAUUUGCUGCUCAGUUUUCAGCAGUCUCCCGAAGCAUUUCACUUGGUACUCCCUGAAAUCCCCCCUCUCAUUGCCCGCCUCUCAGCUGAGGAGUCAGACUCGGCCCAGCUUUGCCUGCAGCAGCUCGUGGAGCUGGUGCAUUGCCUUGUCGUCCGUUUCACUGGAUUCCCAGACAUCUACCAGCCCGUUCUUGAAAUCAUCAAGAAUGUUGCUGUGCCCAGCGAGGACCGGAUUAAGCAGAUAUUGAAACAAGGGGCUUGGACUCCUCAAAAACCAAAUCAAGUGGCCCUCUGUCACAGGCUGACACAAAAAUCUGAGACGGGCAAAACUGGACUGAUCAAUCUGGGUAACACCUGUUACAUGAGCAGUGUCAUUCAGGCACUCUUUAUGGCUCCUAACUUCCGACAUGCUGUCAUGGCUAUGAAGAACUGUGAUUUCCUUCCAGUCAUGGGAGAAUUGCAGAGGCUAUUUGCUUUUCUACAGCAUAGUCAGCGUCCAGCCAUUUCUCCUGACAACUUUUUGUAUGUAUCUACCCCUGCCUGGUUCACCCCUGGCAGCCAGCAGGACUGUUCUGAGUACCUCAAGUACUUGCUUGACAGACUCCACGAAGAAGAAAAUAAAAGUGCACAAAUGGUCAGAGGAAGAUCUUCUGAAGGGCCUGGCAAUGAGUCAUUAAUCAAGAAGCUGUUUGGUGGGAAGCUGGUGACUCAUAUCCGCUGCUUACGCUGUAAGAACGUCUCACAGAGGGAGGAAGACUUCAGUGACCUGUCACUGGCAUUUCCUCCGCCCAGCUAUCACGUGGAAGCCUUCACCAUUAGCCCUUUUCUUGUAGUGGAAGGGGCCGGACCACCAUUACAGUCUCAAGGCAGAGUUCCCUCGUCCCCCAAAGGAGACAGAAGGGCAGACGUUCCCGUGGAGACAGUCAGCUGUGUAAACAACGUGGAAUCUCCCCACUCAACUGAGGAGCCUGAAUGUUCAUCUGGUGCCUCAGAAGAUGACUGUAUGCAUGCAGACACUUCUUUCUCAGUUCCUGAUCUGAUCAACUUCUUCUUGAUGUCAGAAAUAAUGGCAGGAGAAAAUCAGUACCACUGCCAGAUCUGUGGCUCCUUACAGAAUGCUGAGAAGGUCGUGGAGCUGACCAGAGUUCCCCAUUAUCUCAUUUUGACACUGCUGAGGUUUUCAUUCGAUUCAGUGACUAAGAGGCGAAAGAAGAUCCUCGACAAUGUGUUUAUCCCUAUAGUUUUGAAAAUGCCCGUCAGAAAUUCUUCUAGGCAGGUGGAGUCCAUUGGAGCUGGGGAGGUGGCCGACACCACAAAAAAUAGUUUGUACACCUCAGUGCAUUUCGACCUUGUCAGUGUGGUGGUGCACUCUGGGUCAUCAUCUGACAGUGGGCAUUACUACUGCUACGCAAGGGAAUGGAGCAGCAGAGCAGCUGGUGAGGUGUCUCCCAAGCAAGAAGCCUCGGCGGAUGACUCUGCCAAGAAACCUGGGGUGGAAGAUCAGUGGUUCCUGUUCAAUGACACUAGGGUCUCCUACUCCAGCUUUGGAUCUGUGAGCAACGUGACCACUCACUUCCCUAAAGACACGGCAUACAUGAUGUUGUACCAGAAGCAGCCCACUCGGCGUACAGAGCCUGAAGAUCAGAAUGUUUCUGCUGAGCGGAAUGAAGGAGAGCCUCUUGUCAAGGACCUCAUUGAGGCAGUUAGAAAAGAUAACAAGCUUUACACACAGGAACAGGAGAGGGGAGUGAAGCACAGGGCCGCUCUUUCCCCUUCGGCAGCGCAGCCUGUGGUUUGGCUUAGAAGGACCCCAACCCAGGACCACGAGAGCAGAAGUGCGAGGAAACAGAAGCCUAACGAUGAUGUGCCAUCGAUUUAAAAACCCUUUUCUGGAAGAACAUUGAAGAGAGGCCAUCCCCGAGCAUAGGGUCUGUCACUGCUAAGAGUGCCUUCUCCUUAGACUGAUGUAAUGAGUGGCGGGUUCUUUAUUGCAAAGCUGUCAAGCCUAGAUUAAUAUCACACUGAAAAUUUACUUUGCUACUGUGAUUUAUUUAUUUUUUUAAUAUACUGCAAAUAUAAAUCAACGUUUGCUAGUAACACAGCUUUAUAUAUGAUAUAAAAAAAUCACCCAUUGAAAUAAAACUUCAAUUGUCUUUUACCUAUAAUUAAAACCUAUAAUUAGCAUUAGUUUGAAAUUACUGAUAAAUUAGCAAAAUGCUUAGUCAUUGGGACGAAAAGCUAAAAGCAUAUUAUGUAUAGCAUGAACACGUCCGUUGUAACAACUAUUAAAUGGUACUUUGACAUGAUUGCCUGUACAAACAUACAUAUGGGCGUACCAUUUAAUCAAUUCCUAAUAUGUAGUCAAAUCCUAAUUUGUGUCUACUUUAUUCAUAAACUGAAACUGUAUUCAAUAUACACAGUAAAUAUAUAGCUGAAUACACUGGUAAAGAAGCAAACAAAAUAGUAUUAUUGAAUUUGAACUGUUGUUCUGUGAAAAAAAAGUAUUCUACAGAAUGCAUGCAAGUAAUCCAUGUAGUAGAAGAGAUUUUAUUUUAUUACAAUGCAACACAGAUACUGCAAUACUUAAAAUUUGUUCAUAGACAACAUUGUAACAGUGUAUCUAGCAUAAAGACGCCUUAGUUGCAUAGGAUAUUACCAAGAUCAGUGUCUAAUACCGUGGAUAUAGGUCUACAUACCUUUACUGAAAUGAGUUUUUGUCAUGUAAAGCCAGAAAUCAAGAUAAACCACAUCAGACAUUUUUCCAUCUUUAAUGUGACCUUGAACCAACAAAAUUCGAUAAAGUUAAACAUAAUAUGUAGGACUAAUGAGUAACAUGUUUUUGUUUGUUACACAGUGACAUUAAGGACUAGACAUGAUUUAUCUUGAUUUCUGGCUUUGCAACAAAAGAACUUACAAUUUCAAUAAGGUUAUGCAGUGUUUUUAUAACUAUUGUGGUUUGACUGUAUCCCAGAAAUAAUACAUUUAUAUAAGUAAUAACCAUUUACUGAAUGAAUUAUUUAAAAGGGUAAGUACAAUGUUAUAAUGUAACUACAAGACUAGGAUAACUGCGGGAUGCACAGUACCUACACUCCGUGGCUAAUUUAUAGGCUCCACCAGGUGAGCAUUAGGUGAGACCAACUUUUGCCUCUAGAAUUGCUUCAAGAGUAGACUGACAGUGCAUUCAGAGAAGCCUUUCUGCUCACCACUUGUGUGAUUAGCUGCACCUGUGGACUUCCUGUUGGCUUUAUGUCUGGCCGUUGUCCUCUGACCUUUCUCACUAGUCAGAUGUUUUUACCCUCGGAACCACUGCUGACACCGAUUCAUUUUCUGAAAAUUCUAGACACAGUCGUUUGCUAAAAUCCCAGGGUGGCUGAUUCUGAGGUGCUGGUACCACCACCAAAAAUCAAACCAUGCUUAAAAUGACCUGGAUCAGGGGUAAGGAACCUGAUCCAUGGAGAGCCGCUGUGGGUGUGGCUUUUUGGGGUGACCUCUUAACAGCCAAUAAUAAAACAGUGGUUCUCAACUCCAGUCCUGGGGACCUGCUGUUAUUGGCUGAUUAAGAGGUCAUCCCAAAAACCCCAAAGGCUGUUCGAAUUAACAAGCAGGUAUUCCUGAUAAACCGGAUCAUUUAAUAUUCAUAAUUUUAUUUACCUUCAUUGUAACUAAGUACAAUCAUCCUCCGCAAAGGAUUUUUAAAGUGUAAUAUUUAGCGUCUGUCUUUAAAAGUUAUAAAUUAUGGGCGAAAGCGGUCUUAGCUCGCCGUGAUGUCUUGAAUGUACCUGAACCUAAUUACAGUGAAAUACAAGUAAUUGUUGUAUCCUUCACUUAAAAUUACGAUAAGCCAGUGUUUCCCAACCCGGUCCGCUGGGACCCCAGACAGUAUACGUUUUUAAAAAAUGUAAGCAGACACCGAUGGUCUAGGGGUCCCAACAGACUGGGUUGGGAGACACUGAGUUCGAAAUAUAUUUACAUUUAUUUAUUUAUAUAAAGUUAAGUAUAAAUUAUUAUCAUUAUGAAGUAUUUUCUUAGCAUUAUAUUGGCUUGGACAUUAAAGUCAUUCAUGUUCAUUCAGUCGAGGUGACUUAGUGGGCAGCAUGGUGACUUCAGACCUCUAGGGUUGUGGGUUCGAUUUCUUUCCCUAUAUAUGUGUAGUUUGUAUGGUUUUGUCCCAAAGACAUAAAAGUGAAUUGCUGCCCAUGAGCCGUGGGUCCCAGCAAAGGCUAUGGUGUCAAGACCCUGUGUACACUCUGUACAUAUAGAAAAUCUUUUCAUUUCAUGAAUUGUUCCAUUGAAGGUCACUGAAAGCAAACACAUUCAGAUAAUGUAUAAAAAUGUAAGAAUCAUAGAAGAGACCUUGACUUUAACUGUAAUAUUAGCCACUGUUAAUACGCUCGCCUUCCUGGUGACACAAUCAUUUUAAUUAUUGUGAUUAAUCCAGAAGAAAGCUAUUGCUCCAUUAAGCGUACUUUACAAGCUGGUGAAUCUGAGAGUAGGAACUUUAAUUUAUUCUGUUUGAGUUUGUACAUGGAAUAAAAAUAACAAAUGGA